CCAGAGUGCUCAGCCAGUGCAUGGACGGAUGCAAAGAGGGGGGACGACGGCGAGACCCUCCCCACAUCAUUAUUAUUAUUAUUAUCAUAACUCUUACUAUUAUAACAGUGAUGCUUUAACAGGUCGGACUGGAAACUUUUGCAGGACUGUCCUCCUGCGGGCGGAUGCGUGUCUGCGCACCUCGCAGUAAGUUCCAGUGAGAUGUUUUGGCUGCACAGUGUGAAAACCCCUCUCUCCGCCACUUCCAGCCGCGCGUCCGCUCACAGCCGGGAGUGACAUGGGCUCCAAGCUGACCAGGCAGAGGAGCCUCGAUCUGGAGAGCAGGUGGUCCAAGAGGAGACGACAGAGGAAUGACGCGCCGGGAGAGGGGGACAGAAGUGGCGGGGGAGACUUCUUGUUCACCUCGCUGGUGCUCAGGUCCGACAAGCUGCCGGGGAUGAUGCGGAGGAACAACCGCAGCCCGUACGUCCGACGCGUGGCGUGGAUCCGGGAGAUCCAGAGGCUGCUGCGGGAGCAGAGGAUGGAGCAGGCGACCGAAGUGCUCCGGCUGCUGAGGAAGGACCUGGGCCUCCAGGGGACGUCGCUCAACGACAUCUUGUACAAGAACGCAGCCUUUCUCAACCUGGUGGACCCCAUUUCUCACGAGCUGCUGCUCAGUCUGGCUCGGGACCUGCAGUGUCCAAAAAGGGAAAAAGAAUCCCUCAAGUCGACCAACAAGAUCUGCCGCCAGCUGUUGUACCACCUGACCCCUCACUCCAAGUGGACGAGACAGAGCGUGCCCAGGAGGAAGUCUCAGGCGUGUCUGAAGACGACGCUGAAGAAGAAAGUGACGGGCGAUGUGGUCAACCUGUCCGGCAUCCCGCUGUCCGGCCGAGACGUCCACCGCGUGGCCUUCUACCUCCAGAGCAGCAGCGAUGCGGUGACGGCCGUGGACCUUAGCUUCACCGAGCUCCAGGACGAGAGCUUACGUCUGCUGCUGCCUCACCUCGGCUGCCUGCCCAAACUCACCAUACUAGCUGUCAAUGGCAACCGUCUGACGGUGGCCAUCCUGAAAGAGCUGACGGACACGGUCAAAGAUCCAAAGAAGUUCCCCUGCCUGGCCUGGAUCGACAUGGGCAACAAUGUGGAUAUCUUCACCGUGCCGCAGCCGCUGCUCGUGGCCCUGCGGCGACGCUUCGGCCUGCGCAGCAGCCUCCCCACCAUUUACGAGUACAAUGAGGCGCAGACAUUCGGUCGCUACAACCCAAACAUGGAGACCUCUGUGGAGGAGCCCAGCCUGUGCGAGGAGGGCGAUGCGGAGGAGGACGACAGGGAGGAGGAGGUCGACAGGCUGGAGCUACGAGCCUGGGACUUUGGUGAAGAAAACGUGUCAAAAACUGUCCCGCUGCCCUUCUGUGGGAGGUGAUCGCACAGAGCUGCUUCCUUUCAGACUGACUGGUAUCCCUUUGUGUCCCCUCGCCCUGAGUGUAGCCUCCUGUGUGGGCUGGUGCCAUCGUGGCACAAGAUGAAUCCAGUUUCUGAUAAUAACUUGUUGUGUUUCCCUCUGGAUGCUCUGAUGUCCAGCGAUGUGAGGCAGGCAGUUUGUAGAGACACAUUGAUUCCACCUCCAUUUGUCCAGGAGAAGUCGGACUGAACUGAACAGACUUGCUGUUUUUCGUCUUUCGUUUUUUGUAGAAGUUUCCCAUUCUCUGUCACUGUCCACGGAAGCAGCUGGGGGUUAAGUGCCUUGCACAAGGGCACACCAGCAGUGGGUGUUAAAGAUUGGGGGGAGUAUUACUCAUUCACAUUUCCCCAAGCACAUUUUUCUACCCGGUCCUGCUUCUCUAACAACUUUUCUCCUGCUGCCCCUUUUCUGUGAAAAGUCAGAAUAAAUCAAAGCAACUAAAAAUCCCACUUAAAAAAAUCAAUCAGUUAAUUUUCUGCUCAUGUUUUUUUUGCUUUGACAAACAGUGUCUGAACCUGAACUUCAAUCUACAGGAUUUAUUUUUAGUCAGAACUCAGCUGCAGUGAGAUUAUGUUCACAUAGAAAUAUGCUUCCUCGUUUUCCUGUUGGAACACAGCAUUUACUAAAGAAUUAUUUUAGAAUAUAAAUAGCCACUUGUGGUGAAUAAAUGAAGCGUCCUGAACACAUCUUAAUUUAAAUCCCGAGCACCACUGCUUCAGUACAUGUGGAUCCUUUGAUGUCGCAGCCUGGAACAUGCAGACGACACAGACAGUGUUUGGACGCGAGCUGCUGAGGAACCGAUCUGCGCCUCUAUCAGGUCUCAUUAGACCCGCUCAGUCACAGAUGGCGAGCCGCAGAAUCUAUUUUCUCCCCCCGCAAAUAGGACUAGCCCCAGAUAAUUUUGUCCACUGGUGGUUCAUGGUUUAUAAGCAUCGAGAAACGCUCCGUUUUAAACGGCAUACACAGAGUUAAAUGAAGGUAUUACAAACAGCUGUUUUAUGUUCUCCUUCGUGGGGCAGAGUCUGCACACAAAUCCUUGUUGUAGCAUGAAUAAAUUGCAAUGUUUUUGUUUUUUACUAGUGUCUUUUUUUUUAGAUGUGUAGGUGUUAUUUUGGGGUUUUUCAAAACGUGGACAUGACUGUUUGCUGUAGGGAAAUAUCAGACCCCACAGACAGAGAGCGUGUUGAGUCCAAAAGACCUUUUUCCCUAUUUAAUGGAAUAGGAAAGACCUCAGUAUAAACUAUAGACUGUGGAGAAAGAUGGAUGCAUCUUUACGCAAACGCCACCAUCUCGUGCAUAGGGAGCCAGAGUCUGCGCAUGGAGCCACAGCAGCGAGGUCGUGUUGACACACACACACACACACACACACACACACACACACACACACACACACACACACACACACACACACACACACACACACACACACACGACCAAUCGCAAAUCAGUCUCAGCUGUCAAUCAUGGUGUUUCACCCCAUUUUAUAGCAUCAGAUAAGUAAUUAACACCAAACUUACUAGAAAGAUUGACGUGAUAAGAACUACCUAAAUUGACAGAAACCAUCUUUAAAACUAAUUAUUUGUCAUGUAGCCACCAGGGGGGCGAUCGAGACGCUUUGGCUUCACUUUUGGGGAGCUGUCAUGUCGUCCAUCUUUAUAUGUAGUCAACGGUAUAAACUAUUAUUUCAAUAGAUAUCCCGAAAAAUUUGAGAUUCUUUCUUGAGGGAUUCGUUAAAAAUUGCCGCAUGUGAAAGCAACUCUGCCAGAGCCCGCGUCGUUUCCUGCCUACAGAGGUUUUCUCUCCAUGCUAAGAUUCAGGAAAAUCUGUUUGUGUUUACAGGGAUGUUAAUGAGCAGGAUGCUUGGUGUGAGUGUGUGUGCGUGUGCGUGUGUGCGUGUGUGUCCAUGAGAGUAUAAUUAGAGUGUGCGUCUGUGUGCAUGAGUGAGUUCUGGACAUGCAGAGUAAAUUACUACCUUUGAUCAUAGAAAUGAAAUGUUUACUCAUUUGCACUUUAAGGACGACUCUGCACGGGCUUUGUUUUUUAGGGGGAAGUUGUUGUUGACAUGAAAACACACUGAUUGGCUCGCAUCCUAUCGCUGUUAGAUGAAUCCUCAGCAUUCAUACAAGUCACUGCCAUGAUAAAAAAAAAACACAUUGGUACACGUAGUUGAUUUUGUCCUCAUGAGAUCGUGGCUUGCUUUUAAAGAAACAAUGUUUGCCUGCUGUUGCUUCAAAAAUAAACAUGAUUUGAAUAAAGUUGGUCUUUUGUGGACUUGUCUUCUCAAA